CGGGCCUCCGCCCCGCACAGGCACAGAAUCAUGGCAAGUCCAAGAACAAGGAAAGUUUUGAAGGAAGUCAGGGCACAGGAUGAAAAUAAUGUCUGUUUUGAGUGUGGUGCAUUUAACCCCCAAUGGGUGAGCGUGACCUACGGGAUAUGGAUCUGUCUGGAGUGCUCAGGAAAACACAGAGGCUUGGGAGUUCAUCUCAGUUUUGUGCGCUCAGUCACCAUGGACAAAUGGAAGGAUAUUGAGCUGGAAAAGAUGAAGGUUGGUGGCAAUAGCAAGUUUCGAGAGUUCCUGGAGUCUCAGGAUGAUUAUGAUCCCUGCUGGUCGAUGCCAGAGAAAUACAACAGCAAAGCUGCAGCUCUUUUUAGAGAUAAGGUAGCUACUUUAGCUGAGGGCAAAGACUGGUCUCUUGAAACUUCUUCUGCUCAAAACUGGGCUCCUCCUCAACCCAAGAUGUCUCUGACUUCAAGUCAUCGUUCUGCUGGCCAGUCCCAGAAUGCAACCGCCUCUUCUGACAAAGCCUUUGAAGAUUGGUUGAAUGAUGAUGUUGGCUCCUAUCAAGGAGGCCAAGAGAAUCGCUACGUGGGUUUUGGGAACACGGUCACCCCUCCAAAAAAGGACGAUGACUUCCUCAAUAAUGCCAUGUCCUCACUGUACUCGGGAUGGAGUAGCUUUACAACUGGAGCAAGCAAGAUUGCCACAGCAGCUAAAGAGGGUGCAACCAGAUUUGGAUCUCAAGCAAGUCAAAAGGCGUCAGAGUUAGGGCAGACAUUAAAUGAAAAUGUUCUCAAACCUGCACAAGAAAAGGUGAAAGAGGGAAAACUUUUUGAGGAUGUCACCGUAGGGGUAUCUCAGUUGGCUACCAAGGUUCAGGGAGCUGGUAGUAAAGGAUGGCGAGAUGUCACCACUUUCUUUUCUGGCAAACCAGAUGAUCAUCCUGAAAGACCAGCUGAGGGAGACAGUUACCAGAACAGUGGAGGAGAGGGCUACCAGAACAAUAGUGUAGAUCAAAGCUUCUGGGAAACGUUUGGCAACUCAGAUCCACCCAAGGCUCAUAAAUCUCCAAGCAGUGACAGCUGGACAUAUGUGGACAAUUCCACCGAGAAGAAGAGCUCUGAUAGCUGGGAUGUCUGGGGUUCGGGGACAGUUUCCAACAACAAGAACAGUAACAGCGACAGCUGGGAGAACUGGGAGACCAACUGGGAAACUGCAGGAGGGGAGAGCAAGUCCAAAAAAACCCCGAAGAAAACAAAAAAGGUGUCCUCAGGCACCGAGGAUGGGUGGGAUAACCAGAACUGGUAGGACUCUAGCCUUAUGCCACAUGGCUAAGGAGGGAGGCUGUGCUGGUUGAUGGGAGGAAAAAACAAACAAACCACACACACACAACUGGAUUAACAUGGUUUUCUCUAUUGACCUGUUCCCUUGUGCUUCCCCGUCAUUCUCCUUUCUUCUAUUCCAGUUUAGAAAAAAAAUAGUGUCUGAUUCUCAUGUCCAUAUGAAGAUAUGGCUCUCCCAUUGUCAAGGAUGUCAGUAGAUCUGUUCUCUUCACACUAGUGCUGUUGGAGCUGGGUAUGCCAACCUCCUUAAAUUAAAAUCAGAGGAACAAAUCAGUGCAAGCACGUUUUCUUGGCACGGUAUUUGCAUGUGUAGUUUCAUAGGGUUGCCCGUCCAGCCUUCGUAACUUCAGAGAGCGCCUGGGGUGGAGAAGACAGGGAAAGGAGAGGAGCUAUCUUCAACAGAUGUCCAACAUUCGUAAAAGUGAACUGCAGUUGCAUAAGUACCAGUUGAAAUGCCUUUCUGGAUUGCUGGGACUGCAUUCAAUCUGGCAAUUCAAAAUGGCCAUUAAAACACUUUUUAUUGAACGUGUUUUUAAACUUUACACGGUUUGAGAACUUUUUAAAACUUUUUUUUUCUUUAGAGAGAAUUCAUAGAUGAGAAAAUCUAGGGCUAGAUAAUUAUUUGUAUGUAACCCACCAUUUUGUCAGCCCGACUAUAUAGGGGUAUUCAAAGUGGCACUACUUACACUCUUGCCCUUGCGCUUAGGCAUUUACACAGUGCAGAAUGCAUGCAGGUGUGUAAUGCACGGUUGUGGUGUAUGUUACUUUUAAUUUAACUAUGAUGAAGGGGCCUUCCUAUGCCUCUCUAGCUUUCUUCCUUGCGGCCUCUUAAUUUCAUCUGCCAUAUUUGUUAAAAUGAAACACUUUUCCCUUCUGCAUGCCAGUGCGGCAGGGAAACUGGAGAAAUCCUGGAACGGUAGCACAAAAUGGGUGGAAGAUGUGAGAACCCAAUGUAACUAUAAAGCUGGAGACAACCCACUUUCACAGUGGAUUUAGCAGUGAAAUUUUAGUUCAGUUUGUUAAACUUAGAGAAAUGUAUAAUUGUUCUGUCACUUCGCCCUACCAUUUCCUAGUACCUUUCUUUUUUUUUUUCUUUCUAUUUCUGUUUGUUUCUUUUAAGAGAUACUAUUUCGAAGAGGCUGUUGGAGCCCUACUUAUGUCAGCAUUACAAAAUGGAGCAGGAUAUGAAUGCUGGAGUCAGGUGUCAACUUCAACCUUUUUUAGCUGCUUUGCAUGAUCUAUAAACAUAAACUUUUGCAUAGGGAAAACGGAAAUAGAAGAAUUCAGAUCUUAUUUCCCUUAACAGCAAAGGUGCCUUAUGUUGAGUAUUUCCAUAUUGCCGAUAGCUCUACUUUUUUUUAUUGUUACUGUUCUGUAAUGUUAUACAAAUGUGACUAAAUAUUUUGAAGCCACUUGAAAACUUCACAUCAUGGUGCCAAUUGGUAAAGUCUCCUUCAAAUGAUAGCA